GUGGCAGGAGGUGGCUAUGCGUCAGAGUGUGUGCGUGUGUGUGUUUGCAUGAGUGUUUGCGCGUGUGUCUAGCGUGUGAGGGUGUGUGCUAGUGUGUGUACGUGUGUGUGUGUCUGUGUGUGUGUUUGUACAAGUUUAUAUGCAUUGUGUAUUGGUGUCUCUGCGUGGGUUGGUGCAUGCGUGCGUGCGUGUGUGUCUGUGUGUGUGUGUUUACCUCCUGUGUCUGGACCAUCAGCCAUGCUUGUGUCUCUCUGUAGGCAUUAGCCUGCUGGUGCCCCGCGGAGGGAUAGCUGAAGACACGAGCUGGGAGAUGUACAUGAUCAUCAACCAGGAGGACAGCAGCACGGCGCCAGAGGACGAGGACGAGGUCCUGCUGAGCCCGGAGGUGACCUACGGCCCCCCGGGGCUGGACCUGUCCUGCCCUGUUGCUCUGUCGGUGGCGCACUGCGCCGACCUCAGCGGCCCCGCCGACGCCACCUGGGCCGUCCGUCUGAGGAGGCGGACCCCGGAGAACAAGUGGGAGGAGUUCUCGUUCGCCCAGGUGUGGGGCCUCGGCGCCCACGCCCCUGCAGCUCUCCUGCAAGAUCAGCGUACGGCAGGUCAAAGGUCACGAGCAGAUCCUACAUGCCGGCGGCAGAGACGUGCUUCAUCGGGGUCCACCUCCUUCAAGAUCCCCCUGUCCAUCAAUCACUGCAUCUGUGCCACCUUCGACUCGGCCAACUCCAAGGGCAGGGACUGGCAACUGCUGGCCCAGAAGCUCCACGUAGACAGCUACUUCGCCUGCCAGAGGAGCCCGUCAGCGGUCAUCCUCAGCCUGUGGGAGACCCAGCACCAGACCUCGGGGGACGUGGACUCCCUGGCCUGUGCUCUGGAGGAGAUCGACAGGGCCCCGUCACCCGGGACACUCACCCCACUGGGGCAGGGCAGCGACCGGCCAGACUCUGGAUUCUCUUAA